UUUAUUUUGUAUUUUUAUUUGAAUUGUGACAACGCCGUACGGGCCCAUUUAUCGUCCCCUGUUUCAAUAACAUCCUGCGCAGCUGCGCUCGUCCAAGUUCACUUCUUCUGAAAAUCAAUCAGCGUCCAUGGAGGGUCUGUUAAAAUGCUCUGCGAACUACGUCCCUCUGUCUCCCAUAAGCUUCCUGGAGCGAUCGGCCAUUGUGUACAGAGACAGAUUGUCUGUAGUGUAUGGAAAUGUCAAGUACACAUGGGGAGAGACGUUCCAGAGAUGUCUUAGGCUGGCUUCUGCCCUCACCCAACUGGGGAUUUCUCCUGGAGACGUCGUUGCGACAUUGGCUCCAAACAUUCCAGCAAUGUAUGAGCUACAUUUUGGUGUUCCAAUGGCUGGGGCAGUUCUUUGUACACUGAACACACGUCACAAUUCUGCAAUGGUGUCAUCGUUGAUCAGGCAUUCGGAGGCCAAAAUUAUCUUUGUAGACUACCAAUAUCUUGCUGUUGCAAAUGGAGCAUUCGAAAUUUUAUCCAGGACAGGUUCCAAGCUACCCCUACUAGUCUUAAUUCCAGAAUGUGAGAAACCAUCCCUCACUCUUACAAACAAUACUGACUCAACCUCCAAGAAUUAUGAUUACGAGAAUAUUAUAGCCAUGGGAGAACAUGAUUUUGUCAUUAAACGACCAAAAGAUGAAUGGGAUCCUAUCUCACUUAACUACACAUCAGGAACAACAUCAAGCCCAAAAGGAGUUGUAUAUAGCCACAGAGGUGCCUAUCUGAAUUCUCUAGCAGCAGUUCUUCUCAGCGACAUGAGCUCAAUGCCUGUUUAUUUGUGGACUGUCCCCAUGUUUCACUGCAAUGGAUGGUGCUUCACUUGGGGAGUGGCAUCUCAAGGUGGCACCAAUAUCUGCCUCAGAAAUAUCAGUGCACAGGCAAUGUUCAGAAGUAUUGCUCAGCACAAGGUCACGCACAUGGGUGGUGCUCCAACAGUUCUAAACAUGCUGAUCAAUGCCCCAGCUAGUGAACAGAGGGCACUUCCGGGCAAAGUGUCCGUGGUGACAGGUGCUGCUCCAGUUCCACCACAAGUACUUUUUAAGAUGGAAGAACUAGGAUUUGAUGUAACUCACUCGUAUGGGUUGACAGAAACAUAUGGUCCUGGGACAAUCUGCACCUGGAAACCUGAAUGGAAUUCCUUGCUCCCUGAUGCACGUGCAAAGAUCAAGGCUCGCCAGGGUUUGCACCAUCUUGGCAUGGAGGAGGUUGAUAUAAAAGAUGCUGUUACUAUGAAGAGUGUACCGCCUGAUGGAAAAACAUUGGGUGAGGUUAUGUUCAGAGGUAACACUGUGAUGAAUGGGUACUUAAAAGAUGCCAAAGCAACCCAAGAAAAUUUCACUGGUGGGUGGUUUCACAGUGGAGACUUGGGUGUGAAGCACCCAGAUGGUUACAUAGAGUUAAAGGAUCGUUCAAAAGACAUCAUCAUUUCUGGGGGAGAGAAUAUCAGCACAAUAGAGGUUGAAUCGGUGAUUUUUGGUCACCCAGCAGUUUUUGAUGCAGCAGUUGUGGGAAGACCUGAUGAUCACUGGGGGGAGACACCUUGUGCAUUUGUAAAGCUGAAGGAUGGGAGUACUGUCAGUGCUAAGGAGAUUAUUGACUUUUGUCGGGAUCGUUUGCCUCAUUAUAUGGCACCUCGAACUGUUGUUUUUCAGGAGUUACCAAAGACUUCGACUGGAAAGACACAGAAAUUUGUUCUCAGGGAGAAAGCCAAGGCCAUGGGAAGCCUUUCAAAAAAGAGCAAAAUUUGAGACACCUUAAUUGGGAGGUAUCAGUUUUGCUCGACUGCCACUAUGGCUCUUUCAGGCAAAAGGCCAGGGAUUACUAAAUCUAUGCGUGUAUAUGUGUGCAUGUGUGUAUGUGUUGGUAAAAUAAAGUACUCUUAGAUGUACUAUAUUCAUUGUUUUCCUCAAUAAAUAAUUUAUUGAGCAAAAAAUUCAACAGUUUAGGAUUUACAGUUAAAACCUUCACCCUUUUCCUCAAUAAUCUUCAGUGGCAGCACCUUUGCCACUUGUUAUUUUCCUUCCCCAUGAUUGACAAGUAAUAAAACUGUUCAAGACCUUGAUAAACAA